CUAGGAGCCAGGUCCAGGAUGGGGGUCAUGUCUGUCUGGGCCACGGGCCUCCUGAUGUUCCAGGUGCUGCUGCUUGUAGCUGGGGAACAGGGCACACAGGAUGCUGAGAAGGGGCUCCACAUGCAGAAGGUGGGGUCGGGGUCGGUGCGGGCUGCACUGGCAGAGCUGGUGGCCCUGCCCUGCCUCUUCACCCUGCGGCCCCAGCCAGGCAUGGCCCGAGAUGCCCCUCGGAUUAAGUGGACCAAGGUGCGGACGGCGUCUGGCCAGCGACAGGACGUGCCCAUCCUGGUGGCCAAGGACAAUGUGGUGCGGGUGGCCAAAGGCUGGCAAGGACGUGUGUCGCUGCCCACCUACCCUGGGCGCCGUGCCAAUGCCACGCUGCUGCUGGGGCCACUGAGGGCCAGCGACUCCGGGCUGUACCGCUGCCAGGUGGUGCGGGGCAUCGAGGAUGAGCAGGAUCUGGUGCCCCUGGAGGUGACGGGCGUUGUGUUCCACUACCGGGCAGCCGGGGACCGCUAUGCGCUGACCUUUGCCGAGGCCCAGGAGGCCUGCCAUCUCAGCUCGGCCACCAUUGCAGCCCCAAGGCACCUACAGGCUGCCUUUGAGGAUGGCUUCGACAACUGUGAUGCUGGCUGGCUCUCUGACCGUACUGUUCGGUAUCCUAUCACCCAGUCCCGUCCUGGUUGCUACGGCGACCGCAGCAGCCUUCCAGGAGUGCGGAGCUAUGGGCGGAGAGACCCACAGGAACUCUACGAUGUUUACUGCUUUGCCCGUGAGCUGGGGGGCGAAGUCUUCUACGUGGGCCCGGCCCGCCGCCUGACAUUGGCCGGAGCGCGUGCCCAGUGCCGCCGCCAGGGCGCCACGCUAGCCUCGGUGGGGCAGCUGCACCUGGCCUGGCACGAGGGCCUGGACCAGUGCGACCCAGGUUGGCUGGCUGACGGCAGCGUGCGCUACCCGAUCCAGACGCCGCGCCGGCGCUGCGGGGGCCCGGUCCCGGGCGUGCGUACCGUCUACCGCUUCGCCAACCGCACCGGCUUCCCGACGCCCGCCUCGCGCUUCGACGCUUACUGCUUCCGAGCUCAUCACCCCCCACCACAACAUGGAGACCCAGACACCCCCUCGUCUGGGGAUGAGGGGGAGAUUCUGUCGGCAGAGGGGCCUCCAGCCAGAGAAAUGGAGCCCAGCCUGGGGGAGGAGGAGCCAGUCACCCCUGACUUCCAGGAGCCUCUGGUGUCCAGUGGGGAAGAAGAGCCCCUGAUCUUGACGGAGAAGCAGGAGUCCCGAGAGACCCCCAGCCCUGCCCCUAGGGCCCCCACACUGGCCUGGGCCUCCAUGCCCUCCUUAGAGGCCGAGGAGGCAUGGCUGAGCACAGCGGCCCUCAGCCCUAGCAGCCAAGAGGGUACUGUGGUGGGAACCCACACCGAGGCCCCCCUGGCAGGCCCCACGCCCAGGAGGAAGGGGCGCUUCAAAGGGCUGAAUGGGCGCCACUUCCAGCAGCAGGAGCUGGAGCAAGGGCUGGAUGAGGGGCUGGAGGCUAGCAUCCUGCCCCCAACCCCGGAGGCAACAGGGAACCACGUGGAGCCUCCCCGGGCCAUGGAAGCCACCGAAGCCUCAGCCAACCCAAGCCCCUGGGACAUCCUGACCAAUGAGGUGGAUGGACAUGGAGCCCAAUCCCCUGGUGGCAGGAGUUCCCCACAGCCCUGGAUAUGGCUUCCGACUGCAAUCCCGCCCAUUGGCCUGGAACUCGAAGCCAAGGAACCCAGCGUGAGGCCAGCUGCCUCCACCAGGCCCUGGCCCUCCUCAGAGGCCCCCACCCUGGCUCUCAGCCCCAGCACUGAACCCCAGGACGCCUCCCUCAUGGCUACCUCCCUGGACUUCCCUGUCAUGGCCAUGCUGCGUGACUCCAAGCCAUGGCUCCUUCUACCCCCUACACCUGUCCCCUCUGAGGGCCUUGGGGCUGAGGGGCAUGGUGAGCCCACAGCUGCUUUCCCACCUGCCCCUGCCUCAGAAACUGAGGCCAGCCCCCAAAGCCUCAGCAACCCAGGGACAUCUCCCCACUCUACCAGUGCUGAUGCCAGGGUAGUUGUGGGGACCAGCCCUGCUCGACUCAGCAAACUUGAGCACCCCAGCCCCAGCCCGUGGGCUUCCAUGGGCAAGAAUGUAGCAGCUGGCUUCACCCCUGCUGAGACCACUGCUGAGCCAAUAGUGGCCAGAGAUGUCUUGGGGUCUGAGUCUGGCGUCUUCAAUCUGCCAGCCACCAUGGACAAGGUGGACAGCGGUGGGCUGUACCUCCACCCCCAGGCUUUGCCCUCAGGGGGCCCUGUAGCCUCCUUGAUGCCUGGAUUCCCCCUAUUUGACAGAGCAGGAAACCUGAGUUUGGAGCCUCAGGCAGCUGUGGAUGAGCGAGACACAGAGGGCCCCACAGAUCCCACAGCAAUGGGGGACUCGGCAGAUGCCAGUGGAAUUUGGGGACCUGGAUCCCAUGUGGCUGAAGGAGCUGAAAACUCUGCCUUGAGCCUGCCGCUGACUGUGGAUACAAGAGUGGUGACCUCACUCACAUCCCUGGACCCAGAGGACAAGCUUGAGAUCCUGACCACAUCCACACUGGCAUCCUCAAGCUUCCAAUCCCACCCAGAGGCAGAGGGCCAGGCGGGGACAUUGGGGGCCUCAGCCCCUCUGUGGGAGGGCAACCCCUCAUGGACACCAACUGCAGCCAUUGUGGAUGAAGCAGCUUCCAUUUCCUCAGGGGACCCCACCACCCCAUGGGAGCCCCCUGGCACUCUGCUGCCCUCCUCCCUGGGCCCCAGGGAAUUGUAUCUGGAGGUCCUGGCAGGGGGCCCAGGUGUAGAGGGCCUCUGGGAGGAAGCAGCAAGUGGAGGAGAGGAGCCAGCCCUGCCAGGGACCCUCACCAAGGGGAGCAUGGAGGAGGACCCCUCUGAUCCCUGCGAGAACAACCCAUGCCUGCACGGGGGGACCUGUAAGGCCAACGGCACCAUGUACGGCUGUAGCUGUGAUCAGGGCUUCGCUGGGGAGAACUGUGAGAUUGACAUUGACGACUGCAUUUGCAGCCCCUGUGAGAAUGGAGGCACCUGCAUUGAUGAGGUCAACGGCUUUGUCUGCCUUUGCCUCCCCAGCUACGGGGGCAGCCUCUGUGAGAAAGACACAGAGGGUUGUGACCGCGGCUGGCACAAGUUCCAGGGCCACUGCUACCGCUAUUUUGCCCAUCGACGGGCAUGGGAGGACGCCGAGAGGGACUGCCGCCACCGAGCCGGCCACCUGACCAGCGUCCACUCGCCUGAGGAGCACGGCUUCAUUAACAGUUUCGGGCAUGAGAACACAUGGAUUGGCCUGAAUGACAGGAUCGUGGAGAGGGACUUCCAGUGGACAGACAACUCAGGGCUGCAAUAUGAGAACUGGAGGGAGAACCAGCCGGACAAUUUCUUCGCGGGCGGGGAGGAUUGUGUGGUAAUGGUGGCGCAUGAGAGCGGGCGCUGGAACGACGUUCCCUGCAACUACAACCUCCCCUACAUCUGUAAGAAGGGCACAGUGCUGUGCGGCCCCCCUCCAGCAGUAGAGAAUGCCUCACUCAUCGGUGCCCGCAAAGCCAAGUACAAUGUCCACGCCACCGUCCGCUACCAAUGCGAUGAAGGUUUUGUCCAGCACCAUGUGGCCACCAUCCGGUGCCGGGGCAAUGGCAAGUGGGACAGGCCCCAGAUCGUCUGCACCAAACCCAGACGGUAUCAUCGGAUGCGGAGACACCACCACCACCACCAGCGCCACCACCUACGCCACCACCACAAACCGCGCAAGGAGCGCAGAAAACACAAGAAACACCCGGCGGAGGACUGGGAGCAGGAAGAUGGGAAUUUCUGCUGA